UCGCACAUCACUAUUGUUGUUUACAAAAAAAAAAAAAAAAAAAAAAACGUUAAUUUAAGUUGUGGAAAAACAACAAGAACUAAAAACGCCAAGAUGUCGACAAAAACGGUGACAAAUAAAAUGUAAACAAUUGACUAGGUUUUAUAUAUAAACAAUUAACGUGUUUGCUGCCCGGACGUCGGCGCGCUGCAUUUGCGCUGUGCUUUAAUUCCUUUCCCUUUUUAACGUGCGUUUGCGACGCACAUUAAUACACAUGUAUGUCGAAUUGAGUCCAAAAUCAAACAGUUUGGGCACAAACAUGGAGCCGGAUGACGAACUGCAGCCAGUCGUUUCCGAUGCAGUCGUGCAGUCAUAUAAGACGCGGGCCAAAAUGAAUCCGGCGAAGAAAGAUAACGAGAAACGGCGACGCAAGGAUGCCAUGCGAAAGGUUUCGCUGAUUUUACGCAAAUGCGACUCACUGCGCACCGUUGAGGAUCGCCAGUUUCUGGAGAAGCAUCCCGACAUUGUGAAGACCACAAAGAAACGCAAGGAGCGCAUCGAGAUUUACAAGGAGCGCAUCGUUGAGAAAGAGGAUGAGCCGCACGUGAUCGAAGCGAAGGUGGAGCAGCUGGCCAAUAUCAUAUCGCAAGCGAAACAUUUGAUUUGUUAUACUGGCGCCGGCAUCAGUACAGCGGCCUUGAUACCCGAUUAUCGAGGUAGCCAGGGCAUCUGGACGCUGCUGCAGAAGGGCAAGGAUAUUGGGGAGCAUGAUCUGUCUAGCGCCAAUCCCACCUACACCCAUAUGACGCUCUUCGAGCUGCACAGACGCCGCCUGCUGCGGCACGUCGUCUCGCAGAAUUGCGAUGGACUGCAUCUGCGCUCGGGUCUGCCGCGACAAUCGCUCUCCGAGAUCCACGGCAACAUGUAUGUGGAGGUGUGCAAGCACUGCAAACCAAAUGCGGUCUACUGGCGUCAGUUCGAUGUCACCGAAAUGACAGCACGCUAUUGCCACAAGACGCAUCGGCUGUGCCACAGAUGUUCGGAACCUCUGUAUGACACGAUUGUGCAUUUUGGGGAGCGAGGCAAUGUGAAGUGGCCACUGAACUGGGAUGGGGCCACCCGCAAUGCGGAGCGAGCGGAUGUUAUACUCUGUUUGGGUUCCAGUCUCAAGGUGCUCAAGAAGUACACAUGGCUCUGGCAGAUGGACAAGCCGGCACGGCAACGGGCCAAGAUCUGUGUGGUGAAUCUGCAGUGGACGCCCAAAGAUAGCAUAGCCAGCAUCAAGAUCAAUGGCAAGUGCGAUAGCGUCAUGGCGCAAUUGAUGCGACUGCUCAACAUAACGGUGCCCGUGUACAGCAAGGAGAAGGAUCCGAUUUUUGCACAUGCCACGCUCCUAAUGCCCGAGGAGCUGCACACACUGACGCAGCCGUUGCUUAAGAAUGCCCACGAGGAGGAGGCGGGCGAUACCCAAUCCUGCACAACGACAACCGAGGAGACACAGGACUCGACCAUUUCCGGGGAUAGCUACAGUGAACUGCCAAUUGGAAGGGGACCACGCAUUCGGACACCCAUCAAGAAUGGACGACGCAUCAAGACGAAUCUGGAGAUGAGGCAAAAGUAUGCACGGCCAGUGCUGGCGGUGACCACCGACAGCGUCAGCCUGGAGAAUGGUCUGCCGGUGAAAACGGAAGUGGACCCCGUAACAGAUGAGCCGGACAUUAAAGUCAAGACUGAAACGGAUCUGAAACUGGAGCCUAAGGAGGAGCUGGAACUGCUUGCGCCCAGUCUAGACACAACUUGCAUAAAGCAGGAGCAGAAGGAGGUGGAGGAGGAGCUGCUGCCCAAGCUGGAGCCGUCUAGCGAAAUCACAAAUGGACACCAGCAAGCUGCCAAAAAUGGUCUUCUGGAGCUGCCUAAACUAGUCGCCAUACAGAAACCCUAUGUGGAUGUGAACAGUUGUCCGGGCCUGUGCCUGCUGCCUGUGGAGCUGCGGCUAGAACCGCGCCUGGAGCCCAGUUUAGGCAGUUUGCCGCCGGUACAGCUGCCACCGCUGGUGCCCAUUGGUGCACCACUCUACACGCCCUUCGUGCAGCCGCAAUCGCAGCCGGUGUUGCCGCCAUCGCUGCAGACGCUCAAUCUGCAAAGCGAUAGCACCACUUGCUCCGCAGAGUCAACCACAGAGAAUGAUGACGAUGAUGACAGGGAUGUCGAGGAAGAGGAGGAGGAUGAGGAGGAGAAUGAUGAUGAGGACGAUAAGGAACCGUUUCAUAUGUCACAAAUGGAUUUGCUGCGACGUCACAGCGAUCACGAGCUACUGCGUCAACUACCCAGCUGGUAUGAUGCGAAAUAUGCGUAUUCGGGUCUGCACAGCAUUUUGAUACCGCCGCCAUCUGAUCUCAACAUCUGGAACUCACAGGUGGUGCCCAGUUUCGCCAUGAAUCGUUCCGCCGCCGGCUGUGAGUUCUGUUUAGAUCGCUAUGCGGAACUCGAGUGCCAAUUCUAUCGUCGCUGGCAUCUCGCCCAGCGGAACCAUAAGAAACGUGCCCGCAGCGGUCGCUUCGUUGUCUGCGAAUGCUGUCCCACUAGCGACGAUGACGAUGACUACGAUGAGAACAUCUCGCUGGCCCACAUUGCCGCCGCCGAGACGGCCAAGCGUCGCCUGCAGCUGAGCCACAGUUUUCCACGCAAACUCGCCCGCACCCAGGCUGGCUGGUAUGGCAAGGGCUAUAAGAAGGGACGCAAGCGCAGAUAGAGCAGAUCUGCGGAUCUGUCCGGGAUAUGGAUGACACGAAGCCACCUUGUCCUCGCUUCUAAUAGUAUUCGAGCAUAGUCUAGUAGCUGUAAUCAUAGGCAUAUAUGGAUAGUAUUAUAAGUAUCUAGCUCGUAGUGCCACUCGCAUUAGGUGUUCGUCUAGGCUUGUGGAUCUUAUUUCCACACUCACACACACCACUACACACACACACACACACAAAGAAUGGGUGUUGUUUCAUUUUUGUCAGUUGCAGCUCCUGCAAUCCUUGGUCCAAUUUAGUUUUAAGUGUAUCCAUUGCAGCUGCUAACAUCUAUGUACAUUUUUUGUCAUUUUACUCUUGACCAGUUUUGGUUGUUCUUUUUUGUAUGU